AUGGGUCUGCUAAGUGUGGAUUUGCUGAUCACGCUUCAGAUCUUGCCGGUCUUUUUCUCCAACUGCCUCUUCCUUGCGCUGUAUGACUCUGUGAUCCUCCUGAAGCACAUGGUGCUAUUUCUGAGCCGGUCUAAGUCUGGGCGCGGUGAGUGGCGGAGGAUGCUGACCUCGGAGGGGCUGCGCUGCGUCUGGAACAGCUUCCUCCUGGACGCCUACAAGCAGGUCAAACUGGGAGGAGAAGCCCCAAACUCCAGUGUAAUCCACAUAGCCAAGGGCAGUGAUGGCAGCAGUAGCAGCUGGAAGAGUGUUGGUGGCAAGUGUGGAACCAAAUGCCACCUUCUGGAUUUUGCCAACUCCGAGCGGCCACUGGUGGUCAACUUUGGUUCAGCUACCUGACCACCAUUCACAAGCCAGCUGCCAGCCUUCAGCAAGCUGGUUGAGGAGUUCUCUGGUGUGGCUGACUUCCUGUUGGUCUACAUUGAUGAGGCUCAUCCAUCAGAUGGCUGGGCUGCCCCUGGAAUCUCUCCCUCUUCAUUUGAAGUUAAGAAACACAGGAACCAGGAAGACCGAUGCGCAGCUGCUCACCAGCUCCUAGAGCGCUUUUCUUUGCCACCUCAGUGCCAAGUGGUGGCUGACUGCAUGGACAACAACGCCAACGUGGCCUACGGGGUUUCAUUUGAGCGAGUAUGCAUUGUGCAGAGACAAAAAAUUGCCUACCUGGGAGGCAAAGGCCCCUUUUCCUACAGUCUGCAGGAAGUUCGGCUUUGGCUGGAACAAAACUUUAGCAAAAGAUGAAAUCCAUUCUCUACAGAAACUAUGUCAACAGAUGUGUCCCUUUAA